GAUUUCUUUAACCCUCUUUCCUCUCCGAUCCAGAAAUAUGAAAUCGGGGCUUCUAGUUCUACUAAUUCAUCGACUAGCUUCAAGUUCUUCCAUUUUCGAAGCUUAGCAAGUGAAUUAGCAUCAGAUGAGGCUUUUGCGGUUGAUCUUGUUGUUGUCUUUAACUUCUGGUUUCGCUGCGAUCGCCGUCUACAUCACCGGUUUCUCCACUCUCUACGACAAGUAUCAGCCUUCCGAUGAAGAUUUUGAAGCCUUGCAGUCUUUGCAGAGCGAUUUUCAGAAGUGUGUGAGUGAAAAUGGAUUAGGUUUACAAGCUGCGGUUGGUAAAGAUUAUUGUGAAGUCACGAUAAAGUUCCCUAGCGACACCGUCCCCAAAUGGAAAGAUCCUAAAACUGGUGAACUAGAAGGGUUAUCAUUUGAUUUUAAUUUGUGUGAAGCUGUGGCUACAUGGGAACAGGUGCGGAAUAGUACCACAAUACUCACCAAGGAGUUCAUUAAUGCUUUACCAAAUGGAUGGGGGGAAUACGCAUGGCGCAGGAUCAAUAAGGGAAUACUUCUCAACCGCUGUGAGAAUAAGACUCUAUGCAUGGAGAAACUUUCACUGGUACUCCCUGAUAUGCCGCCAUAUUUUCCACGGCAAUUUGGCCAGUGUGCUGUUAUUGGUAACUCAGGAGAUCUUUUGAAAACUAGGUUUGGGAAGGAGAUAGAUGGCUAUGAUGCUGUUAUUAGAGAAAAUGGUGCUCCAAUUCAGAACUAUUCAGAUUAUGUGGGCAAGAAGAGUACAUUUCGUCUCCUCAAUAGGGGAUCUGCCAAAGCUCUUGAUAAAGUUGUGGAGUUAGAUGAAACGAGGAAGGAGGCCUUGAUCAUUAAAACAACAAUUCAUGACAUUAUGAACAAAAUGAUACUGGAAAUUCCAAUAAACAAUCCUGUAUAUCUCAUGUUAGGUGCAUCCUUUGGUUCAGCAGCAAAAGGAACUGGGCUCAAGGCUCUUGAAUUUGCUCUCUCUAUUUGUGAAUCCGUAGAUAUGUAUGGUUUCACUGUGGAUCCCGGUUAUAAAGAAUGGACUAGAUAUUUCUCUGAAGCUCGACAAGGUCAUACUCCUUUGCAUGGUAGAGCUUACUAUCAAAUGAUGGAGUGUUUGGGACUUAUCAAAAUCCAUUCGCCCAUGCGAGCUGAUCCAAAUCGUGUUGUAAAAUGGGUACCAAGCCCUGGCACAAUUAGAGCUGCUAGAAUUGCCUCAGAGAAAUUAUUGACGAGGGUUGGAGCAGGGUCUAGAGACCCAUUAGCCGCAUGCUCAAUUAUUAAGGAUAGGGUUAAGAGAAAGCCUAUCGCAUUGUCAAACUUCAGAAAGGCUGCUGUUGACCAUCAAAAAUUUGUGAAAGGCACCACCAUGUACCCUUUGGAGCACAGUCCAGGACAUGGGGCACUUUGCACAGUGCCAGCAAAUCGAUUCACACAUAGCUGACGACUGAUCUGUGAUUUGGUUUGUUCCACAUUAGCAAUUGGACGAAGAAAUGGCUGCUGACCAAUCUACAUUGCAUUAUUCUGUAUACAAAAGAAUUUGUUCGAGGUCCCCUCGUUUUAUCAAAGUUUUGAUAUUCCCGACACCCACUCAGAUGGCAAUUGGAGGUCGAGAAUACGUUUGCUUUUCUUCUAAUUCCGGUGGUGUCCAACCAAAAGUCUGUUUAUGAGAUGGUGAGGAGACAGGAAAGAGCUACUGUAACAUUUAUAUUCAGUUUUGAAGGAAAAAGAAAGUUCAGGAAAGCAAAUAAUUUAUCAAUUGUAUUUUUUCUUUUC